CCAACCGGAGGUGUCCUGUGUGCAGCGGGUGAUCAGUCAGACUCAGUCCUGUGUGUGUGAACAGGGGUUAGUCGUGUCCACUAACAGCAGCUGCAGUGUGGAGUGUACAUUACAGUGCGCUGUGCCUCAUCACUGCUGCUGCAGCUCCACGAUCGAGGCUACAACUCCAACCAAAUUUAAAAAAAAAAAAAAAAACCCAAAAACCUCCCUCCGAAAAGCAGCGCCUGUGGUUUCCUCCUCCUGCCUCUCAGAGCCGCAAUGAAGGAAUGUAUUCGUUUGUUCUGAAGUGUCGCUGCUCACGGACAUGAGGACUUUUCCCCGCGUCGAGUGAAGAUCAGGAAAAAACCGGACCUGUCGAUCCACACCGGCAACUCCUGCAGCAUCCUCCAAAAAACAAACAAACAAACAAAAAAAAAAAGACAAACACCUUUACUUCUUCUUUUCUCAGACUGGACACAGACUGACUGGCUGGCUGACUGACUGGCUGACUGACUGCAGGGCUGGAUAAAUGGAUAAUAACGCCGCAAAUUCGGAGAAAUCGCAACUGAUACACGAGAAGAAUGCCAAGAUGUAUUCACUAAAACUACAAAGGUGGGAGAAAUGUCACGUCUCAUUUGACUGCAGCUGCAUGGAGAGUAAUACUGCAUGUGGGAAUAUGAUGCUAUUUUACCUAAACAAACCUAAUGUUCAAUUUUGCUCAUGCAUCCGAUGCAACAUGUUCAUCAAGAAUGUGAAAAAAAAAACUUAAAAAAAAAAAAUCAUGUCAAGUUUGAAGAAAGUGACCACUCCUUCCCAGACUCCAAAGAGCAGUACCCCGACUUCCCUUUUCAGAAUGGAGGCGUGGCCGGCGCCAUCGAGCUGAAACGACCCAUCGGCGCCCACUGCCACGGCGCCAAAGCCUCGGCGUGCGACGACAGCGUGGACAAGAUGCUGGCCAAGAAGAAACUCUACAUCGCCUCGGCCAUCUGCCUCGUCUUCAUGAUCGGCGAGGUGAUAGGAGGCUACCUGGCCCACAGCCUGGCCAUCAUGACUGAUGCCGCCCACCUCCUCACAGAUUUUGGCAGUAUGAUGGUGAGCCUGUUCUCCCUGUGGAUCUCCUCCAGACCGCCCACCAAAACCAUGAACUUUGGUUGGCACAGAUCAGAGAUACUCGGGGCGUUCGUCUCCGUCAUGUCCAUCUGGAUCGUGACGGGGGCUCUGGUCUAUUUAGCCACCGAAAGGAUCGUGCGCAAUGACUAUGAGAUUGAUGGCCAUGUAAUGUUAGUCACCUCCGGGUGUGCUGUCAUCGUAAAUAUUAUUAUGGCUUACAUCCUCCAUCACUCCACCACCUUCCACGCUCACGGCAGCGGUUAUCACCACAUCGACGAGGACGGUCAGAGCCCCGUCGCACACGGCCACGCCCACACGCUUCUCGGCGGCCACGGCAACACGAGCGUCCGUGCCGCCUUCAUUCACGUGGUGGGAGACCUGCUGCAGAGUGUCGGCGUCAUGGUGGCGGCCAUCAUCAUCUACUUUCGGCCUGAGUACAAAGUUGCAGACCCCAUCUGUACAUUCCUGUUUUCUGUCUUUGUGCUCUGCACCACUGUCACCAUCCUCAGAGACGUCUUCAGGAUACUCAUGGAAGGUUCUCCUAAAGGAAUAGAGUUUAACUCGGUGAAGGAGGUGCUGCUGUCUGUGAAAGCUGUGAAGUCAAUGCACAGUCUGCACCUCUGGGCCCUGACGCUGGGCCAGGCACUGGUCUCCGUUCACCUGGCCAUAGAGGAGGGCGCCAACCCUCAGUCUGUGCUGCAGGAGGCCACCGAUCUGCUCCACACCAAGUUCGGUUUCUACAGCAUCACCAUCCAGGUAGAGCUCUACUCUGAAGACAUGAGCCACUGCUCCCACUGCCAGGACCCCAGUGACUGAUACCGAUACUGGACUGAACUGGACUGGACUGCGACAGGACAUGGAACGGCUCAAGCACAUUCUCAUUCUCUCUGGGUGGGCUGCACCGGUGAGAGAUGUAUCCACAAAGCAGCUUCCUGUUAAAAAAAAAUAAAGUGGACUGAGGUUUUGGUAGAUUCUUUUUGUUCGCCACAAGAAAAAAGACAGAGAAUUCAUCCAUGUGUUGGUUGUCAAGCGCUGACGCAGGAGCUCCAUGCUAACAAGGGCCGUGCUAACUAAGUCCUCCUGGAUGUAUGGUGCUCCAGUCCUCUGGGUUUCAUGGGGUUUUCACCAAAUACUGGAAAUAUUUGAGAAGAACUGAGGUAAAGUGAGGUUAAACUGCACAUGGGGUAAAUAAGAUGCUGUCUUGUAAAGACAGAGCCCAGACGAAGACAGCUUUCCUGUCCCAACAAAUACACAACAGAGCCGUAAGGCCUGCUUCAUCUCACCUCAUUCUUGUCGUCCAAAGUUUGGACUCAUGUCACUAAAACACAAGUUCAUAUUACAGUCCUGCUUCUCAAAUGAUUACUUAUUGAUAGGUACAUUAUAAGUUAUCUAUAAUAGCAAAAUUUGAUCACCACUUUCACUAGCUAGCUCACAGCUAGUUCAGUUUAAAGUAGCUGAAAACCUUUAAUGAACUCAUCACUGCAGCUCAAUAAGAAAGUUAAAAGUGUUUUACUCACACUCGAAUCUCCACAUACGCUGCCAUAAAAUGUGCAUUAAUAUGACCGACCAACAGGAACAGCAGGCGUCCUUUUGAAGCACAAAUGUAAAAAUGGGACCAGGUGUUGUAUGUACUGAAUGGAUGCUAGGCCACUUCUAGAGUACCAGUAGUUAUAAACAAUGUUAUUUGGUUUUCUGUUCAACCUCUAUAGUCCUAUACUUAAAUAAAUAAAAUGACAUAUUAAAAUCAAUUUAAAUAAUGAUAAAAUAUAAAUAUACUAUAUUUAUAUUUAACUAUAUAGAACACUGCCUGAUUUUUAGUAUCUCAUGUAAAUUCAGGAAACUGCCAGAUAUAGGAGCACGUGUUGUUCUCUAUCACUUUACAGAACUAGGGCUAUUACUUAUUUUCUAACCUCCCUGAUAAAGCUACAUAUACACAAUAAUAAUCAUUCAAAUCCCAAUAUACUAGUAUGAAGCAAACAAUAACAACUGUUAGUAUGGAGCUCCUGAUGUAAUGACCCACCGGGGACAUAUGGAUGACUUUGAUGUCUGUACCUUCAUCGCUACCUGAAAGCACACCAUCAUCUACCAGAUUCUCACUCAACAAUCCACUGUCAUCUUUGUUCCAUCAGCCGGCCUCCCACUGAAGGUCAGACUGGGUGAUCUGCACUGCUAGCUGCUCAUAAAUGACAUUUUUAAAGAGUUUUACUUAAUUUACUUUAAUUUAUUCUUGACAUAAAGUCAUUGCAAGCAUCUUUUAUGGAAGAAAGGCAUGAAUAAUACCUCCUUACAAAUAUAAAUUUGUACAUACUGCUGGUUGUUGCCUUAGAGAGAUCACGGGAAGAGCGAGGGUCAGAUUGUGUGGUUACAAUACACCAUGCAGACCUUUAAACCUGCUGAUUAGUACAGCAAGGGUAAAUAUCUUUACCAUUUCAAUCCACAUAUCCGUGACAUUUGUCCUUAAAUGGAGCUUAAAAACAGCAGCUAUCAAAUUUAAUACACGACUGACAGACAACAACUAGUAAUCAAUGAUGUCAGUGCAGCCUCUCAAGAUAUUUCCAGGCUUUGGGACGUGCAAACCUUUUGAUUUAGGAAAAAAGGCAUUGUUAAGUCCCAGUAAACCCUGAGGUGGAAAAGUACAAAUGUCGAGGAUUUUGGUAAAAAUGAGUCCUGGUCUGGAUCCUUCGCACAGGUCUUAAAACCUACAGUAUCCUGACCUGUGCUCCCAUUAAACCUUAAGCUAUAAUUCACCAAAACAUACUGGCUCAAGUGUCUAAUAAUUCAGCCAAAUCUGGGCUUGACCAAACUUGCUCCUGUACUGUAUAUCAUACCAAAGAUCUGUCUCCAUGCUGGGAGGGUUGGAGGGUCAGGAAAAUAAGAUCAUUUUUACACGAGUAAACAUCUCGAUUUGAGCUAAAUUCACUGGAAAUAUAAUGAUUGAUAUGUAAUUGAUGCUUCUUACAAUACAGACAACCACAAAGCUGGACACAUUAAGGGCUAUUUUUGAUGGUAGGUCUUUUAGUAAUUUUGUUGUGUUGCAGGCAUUUCUUUGUUUCAGUUUCCAGAGUCACACACACACACACACACACACACACACACAAAGCUCUAUAAAAUCACCUUGAGAGCGAGCUAAUGGUGGGCAGAGUAUUGAUACGGACUGAGCUGGAGGAGAAUGAAUAAGUGUCAGGCUGAAAAAGCAUUCAGCCACUUCCACUGAGCAGACGUUCAAGUCUGAGGGCAAAAGUGAUUUAGUCCAGGAGUCGGACGAUUAGUUUGAGCUUCACGCUAUCAUCCAUCUCAUCUAUCUCUCAUUCCUCCUGUAGCUCCAGUGUUCCCCAUCCAUCUGCUGUACGUCUCUCUGCUCCCUAAGCUGUCAUCUAUCCGUCCGCCUAUCCAUCCAUCCAUCCAUUUGAGCUUCGCAAGUCAUACAGCAACAGUUUUCAGUUACUUUUUUAGUUUGCUGACCGAUAAAGUGCAAAUUCAUUGUAGUGUUCCUGCUGCCAUAAAGAUCUAGUGACAGUAGUUUUACCAAGACUAAUGCUACAUUGCCGCACCGUUGGCAGAACAGGUGAACCUCGCAUUUUUCCAACUUUGAGGAUAUUCAACCAUUCAAAGAUGGUUAGUCUACUACAAGAAAUGUCAUAUUAAAAAUUCACAACUGGCUACAUUCAUUUUUAAAUAUUUAUAGCAAUUUGUUAACAAGGGAAACCCGAUGCAAAGAAAUAGUAUAUAGCUCCAUUUUAAUUAGCUGAAUCAAAUUAAUAUUGGGUUUCAUUCUGAUCCAUCUUCCAGCGUCAGUGGCUUUGCAGCCAUUCUCUCACUCGUUGGUUGACAUUUCUGUAGCUCUUUUCAUCAAGUAUGGGAUAUCAUAGUUGUCAGAAAUUCCCCCUUUUCUUUUCGAAAUUACACUGUGAACGAUAUGACACGAACACGGCAUCCGAGCCCCGUUAGCAACAGCAGCUCAGAGAAGCUGCUGUUGUCAACGUCAUGGUAAGAUGUUCACCGGUUGUCAUUGUAACCUAUUAAAUAAACUUGCUAACCGGUUUGCUGAUAUCUUACAGCCUUGUUGCUUAAGUGGCGGAAUAUAUAAAAAUCGGACAUUAGGUCGGCACUAGAACAGGUCAAAGAGGGUUAGGAGGGUUUAUUAGCUUGUUCUAGCUUGACUCAUUACAAUUCAUCACUGUAAUCAGGUUAUACUAGUGUGCAAGCUCUUGUGUCCAAGUGUGAAUUUUGGGGUAAAGAUCACACUAAAAGGAAAUGGGAUCAUUGAAAUUAACAAGGUUCAUGGAGACCAAACCAAUAUUCACAGCAAGUUUUACAGCAGUCUAGUCAUUUGUUAUGUUGGGUACAAAACUGAUAACUUGAGACGCGGGGGAGGUGCUAGGCACCGUAUAUUAAACUAAAAGUUGUCUGGGGAAUAGGAAUGUGCUCACUAAAUUCAAAGUGGAAAUUUGCAGAUGAAUGCAGAUGUAAUAAGAAAUAAGAGCCAUUAGAUUACCAGGAUCAACACAGUUCAUCCUCUGGGGACCAUUAAAGUCCAGAGAAAUUUUCACAGUACUCUGUGGUGUUGACAACAAAACUGAUAAUUUGACCAAAUUAAGGAGUUCAUCCACUGGGGAGCAGGAAUAUGCCCAGAACAUAUACUCAUAGAUUUUGUUAUUUCAUGCGUACACAUGGAAAUCUUGGGCUAAUGGUAGUAUUUGAGGAAAAGAUCAUGGGAUUAUCAAAUUCAUAAGAAUUAGAUGAUUAAGCUUCAUCAUCUAGGGACAGUGAAUAUCUGCUUAUUAGUUGUCUUUUCUUAUCUACUGGGAGGCACUAGAGUAAAAGCUAAAUGACAUGGCAAAGUGCCCUGUAGAUUGCAUUACUUCUUGUGUACAUGUGGACAUUUUAGGGUGAUAAUGGCACUAGAGAAAGACUCAUCCUCUGGUGACAAUGAAUAUACACUGAAUAUUAUACAGCUAUCCUGGUCAUUAGUUGUUGUGUGCAAAACUGAUCAUGAGGUCUGAGAGAGGCACUAGGGGAAAGGUUGUGUAAUGAACAAAAUGGUAAAGAGUUCAUCCUCUGGAGAGCAGGAUUGGCUCAGAGUAAUACAUGGUAAACUGCCAUUUAGAUAAUUAUUUCUUGAGUACAUGUGGACAUUUUAGGCUGGUCAUAGCACUUGAGAAAAGACUGAUCUAAUAAUUUGGUGACAGGGAGGCACUAGGAGAAAAGGUUGUGUAAUGAACAAACAAAAGAAAGUUCAUUUUCUGGGGAGCUGGAACAUGCUUUAAUUUGAUAGCAAACUGCCCAAUCAAAUUAAAUUUAAUGAAAUUUUGGGCUGAUGGUGUUGCUAGUGGGAUGAUCACGGUGUCAUCAAGAUCAUUAGGAUUCAUCCUCUGGGGACCAUAAACACCAACAGCAUGUUUCAUGGAACUUGGUACUAGCCAAUGCUUUGGACUUGAGUAAAAAGAAUAAUUUUUUAUCAUUUGCACCAAUAAGAAUGGGCAAUGAGCCAAACGACAUGCCUGUAAUGUUUCACAGCUACUAUAAAGUGUUGAUGUUGAUAGUUGCUUUUAAAGAAAGGACAAUUGUACAUUGUAAACGCCUCAAUGACAUCCAUUCUGAUCCAAAUACUUGCAUGGUUGUUAGCUGUUACUCAAUAUCAUGUACAGUAAGACGUUUCUUGUUCAACUGCCAAUCAAAAUAUGUUGAUAGACCAUGCGGAGGAUAAAUCAAAAAAAUAUCUUCUUUAAAAUUCUAUAUUUUCACUGAUUUUUAAUGAGAUCCUGUAUAUUUAAAUACACUUUUCCUUUUAAAAUCACGCAGAAUGAGAAUAUAUAUGGAUCCAACAGCUAUGAAUACUAAGUUAAAACUAAGUGAAUGUAACGAAGACCAAUGCAGUUUACUGUACCAGUUUUGAUAUAAAUGCAUAUACUCCUGCAGAGUUAAACUGGAGGCAAAGUAUUCUGAAAAAGUUUGUUUCAUUCCAGAAAAACACAGUUCCUGUUUGUUCACUAUGAAAGUCUAAUGUUUGAGAAUGCUCUCUGUAUUGUGCUGUUGCUGUCUGUGACAAUUAUACUUUGUGUGACUGUUGUAAAUAUGUCAAAUAUUGUGUAUUAUCUGUGUAUGAUUUUGUGUAUACUUGUGUAAAUACAUUUAUCUUCCUUGUACAAUCGGUCUUUAAAAAGCCCUAUUUGUCUAUGUGUUCUGGUGAUAACGCGUAACUCCACUGUCACAUCUGUGAUGUUUGAUAUUUCAUUUUUAUGUAUGCCAAGAGUUUUUUGUAAAGUGAAAUAAAAG